UCCACCUCAUUGGAGAUAACGAACAUGCUCCUCAACUAUCUAGCAUUCGCGACCUUAGCAGCAGCAGCAGCGUGGAACCCUCUGCAGCUCGUCCUCCCGCAGGAACAAGCCCAAGUCCAAGUCCCAGCAACCUGGGCUUGGAAAGACUGUGGGGACGAGAGCUUCUUGGUUAACGUUCAGACUUUGGAGGUCUCCCCGGACCCGCCAGAGCCGGGGAAACCGCUCACCCUACACGGGACUGGGAAGGUUAAUGGGCUUAUCGAGGACGGCGCCUAUGCGAACGUGCUUGUCAAAGCGGGAUAUGUUAUCAUCCUCAAAAAGCGGUUCGACCUGUGCGAAGAAGCGGUGAACAACAACUUUACCGUGCAGUGUCCGAUCGAUGAAGGGUAUCACGAGAUCACGCAGACUGUAGAGUUACCCCGGGAGAUCCCUAAGUUCAAGUAUGCGAUCCAAAUACGAGGAUUUACAGCCGAUGAGGAGGAUAUGACAUGUCUCGAUAUCACGAUCGAUUUCAAGCAGCCUAAGCCGUUCUAGGCAGUUUAUACCCCUACCGCUAGCUCAGGUGGCGGUCUAUGAUCCUGUACUGGUUCAUCUUCUUUCUUUGGUCAUAUAUUGUCUCACAUGUUGGCUCGAAUGGAUGACUUUUAC